AGAUCAUCUAUACAGACGGAGUGGACGAAUCAUUCAGGGCCACAAGAAGUGUAUUUUAUAUAGUUGAUCAUUUGUCUAGUGCUGGCACAGUAUGAGUGUGAGCAUGUCUGCUGCUGUGACUCUAGGGCUGCUGAUUCUCCUGUCUGCGAGACUGAACGAGCAGGUGUCCGAGGGCUGCAGCUGUCUUCCAGCACACCCUCAACAGAUGUUCUGCAGGUCUGAAAUAGUGAUGCGAGCUGAAGUAACUGGGGAGAACAUACACAUCAAUAAAAGUAAUCUUGUAGUGGGAUCUACAAUUAUUCAGUAUGAAAUCCAAGUGAUAAAGGUAUUCAAGGGUUUUGACAGAAUAAAGGGAGUGCAGCAUGUCUAUACCAAUGAGGAGUCUUCAUUGUGUGGUACUUCACUGGAUCGUGGUCAGUACCUGCUUUCAGGAAUAAUCAUGUCUGAUGGAAUCUUUUUAACAAUGUGUGACUAUGUUAGGCUUUGGGACGGACUCUCCUUAAUGGAAAAAAAGAACUUCAAAUACAGAUAUCUGAUGGGCUGUAACUGCACGAUUUCUCUCUGCUUCGAAAAGCCCUGUCAACCCAGCACAAAAGAUGAGUGUAUACUGACAAACUUGUCAUCCGUAUGGCAAUUAAGGGAUGGAGGACCAAUGCACGAUUCUGCCUGCAUCAGACACCGCAAUGGCACCUGUGUCUGGUAUGAAGCAACCAGCAAACCUUCUGAAAAUGACACCAUGGACGCGUCUGACGGCCAAGAGCAUGAGUGACUUCUCACUGUAAAUAAAGUUGCUUGAAACUGUCCAAGAAGACAGUUCAAAUGUAAACACAUGCAAAACCCUUUAACCUGCUAAUCUUUCUUCUAGACACACAGAACACCUUAAGGUCCGUUCACACCAAGGAUGAUGACGAUAAAGAUAUUAAAGAAUAGCAGAGUCCACAGCACAACUACAAUGAUAAAGACA